CGGGGCACGCCGGGGUGCCGAGGCGGGGCCGGUGGGUCCCGGUGGGUCCCGGUGACCGCGGCAGGGCCGGGCCCGGGCGGUCCCACAGCGGCGGUUCCCGCGGGGCGGGCCCGGCUGCGGGGCCCCCGCGGCUGCCGCACGCCCGGGCGCGGGGUGACCGACAGGCGGCGGCGGGGGCCGAAGUUCUUCCCUGUUCCUGCUGACUCGGCUCCAGUGUGCGGAAACAGCCUCCUGUGACACCUCCCUGUCCCCGGCCGUGUCCCAGCUCACCUCGUCGUGCUGUGCCGUGCCCUGCCGUGCCAUGCCACGACACCCACCGUCCCGCUGCGGCGUGUGGCUGCUCCUGGUGCUGCUGCAGGCUGCGGUCCUGCCUGCCUGGCUCUGCGGUGAGUAUGGCCACGGGCACAGCCCGCAGCCCCCCCAGGCUCCGGGGGGCUCACUCCUGCUGAGCAGGUCCCUGAGGAGUGGGUCAGGGGACACAAGCCCCAUCCCAUGCUCCAGCCCCAUGCCCUGGCUCUGGGGCAGACGUGAAACCCCUCCGGUGAUGGGUUUCCCGGGGCUGAGCUCUCUGGAGUGCCCGCUGGGGUUAAGCCUUAUUCCUGUGCUCCCUUCUCCCGCCCAGUGCCUGCAGCCCCCAACCACCCAUGUCCCUGGGGUCAGGGCAGCCCCAGCAGCCCCCUGCCAGCCCCACGGGUUGCCUUGGGCUCUCUGCAUUCCUGCUUCAUGUCAUGUAUAUUGUUUAUUCCCUAUUUUGGGGGCAGAGACUUGAGCUUUGGGGACCUGAGGAGGGGUUGCAGAGGGCAGGGGUGCACGGCAGGGUUGGGGUGCUGGGUGUCCAUCGCCACCACAGCCCCGCACCGCCGGUGCUGGGUGCUGCAGUGCCCCGGCGCUCUCCUGCCCUCCUCACCCUGCACUCCCCGCCGGGCCCGGUAGAAGCCCCGGGGCAGGCGGCCGUGCUGCGGGCUCUGAGCUCCCGGCUGCUCGCGCUGGCGGCGGAUCCCGAGCGGGAGCCUGACCCCAGCGUGUACCUGGCGCUUCGCCUGGCCGGGGAGCACGACCUGCGCCGGGAGCAGCAGUACCUGGCACGGCUGCAGGACGCCUUCCAGCACCGCUACAGCCGGAGCCUGCAGGCAGCCGGAGACCCCUGGCACGAUGCUGCGGGCACCGAGCACAGCACGAGCACUGAUGUGGAGUGGCUGGAGACGGGGCGGCUGGCGCUGUACCUGCUGGGGCUGAGGGCCACAUGUCCCCCGCCGGAGCACAAGCCCCUGCGCUCACUGGUGACCUGGCUCAAGUACUACCUGGAGGAGGACUGGGCAGGCUCCCGGCGGCAUGGCCACCCCAUCACCAGUUACUACCAGUACGGCCUGGGUGUGCUGGCGCUGUGCGUGCACCGCAAGCGGGUGCGGGAGGAGGUGAUCCGCCGGCUCCUGGCUGCCGAGCAGCACGCCAAGUUCGGGUACAGUGCCGGCAGUGCCAUAGACACAGAGGCGGUGGCAGCGAUGGCCUUCACCUGCCUGGAGCAGGAGCGGCUGGUGGGGUCCACGCUGGCGGCAGAGCUGCGGGCGGCCGUGCACGGGGUGAGGAAGAGGAUGGUGGAGGCACAGGGCGAGGAUGGCUUCUUUGGCAACGUCUACAGCACCCCCUGGGCCAUGCAGGUGUUCAUCGCCACCAACUCGUGCGAGGCGCAGGCUCCGUACGGCCGGGCCAUGGCCGCAUUGCUGCGGCACGCGGGCGCCUUCAGCACCGCUGCCACGCUGGCGCAGGCGCUGCCGGCGCUGCACGGCCGCUCCUACCUGCACAUCGCCUCCAUGCGCUGCGAGGAGGAGCUGGACACGCUGACGCCCAUCAGCCCUGAGCCGCUGUCGGAGCUGCCAGGGAACAAGACGGUGCGGCUGGUGGUGGAGUGUCCUCUGCCAUCGUGUCCCCAGCGCUGGCUCUAUGACCACGCGGUGCUCGCGCCUGCCAGUGCCACCCUCCUGGACGUGCUCAGGGCAGCCACUGAGCAGGGACCUCCCGACUUCACGUUUGACACCCAGGACACCCCCCAGGGCCCCUACCUGAGUGGGGUGCUGGGGCUGGAGGCGCAGCAGCAGAAGCGCAAGUACUGGCAGCUCCUCACUGCGCCCAGCACCAGCCUGCAGAUGGGUAUUGCUGACUACAGACCUUGCGACGGGGAGACCCUCAUCCUGCGCCUCAGCCAGUGGUAGAGGAUGGGGGUGAUGGCAAUGAACCGCCUGCCCAGGCACAGAC